CGCGAGCGGCGGCGGCGCGCGAGCAGCGGAGCGGGCGGAGAUGUCGGGGAGCCAGCCACAGAUGGGAAGAGGUGUGCCUUGUUUGCGCUGCAGAGGGCUGUGCACGGGCUUCGAGCCACACUCCUGGAGGAAGAUCUGCAAGUCGUGCAAGUGCAGCCAGGAGGAGCACAGCCUGAGCUCGGAGCUGGAGGAUGACCGCAAGAUCGGGCGCCUGCUCUCGGACUCCAAGUACUCCACGCUCACGGCCCGGCUCAAGGGCGGCGACGGCAUCCGCAUCUACAAGAGGAACCGCAUGAUCGUCACCAACCCCAACAUCUCGGGCAAGGACCCCACCUUCGACACCAUCACCUAUGAGUGGGCUCCCCCAGGGCUCGCCCAGAAGCUGGCCAUGCAGUACAUGGAGCUGAUCCCCAAGGAGCUGCAGCCGGUGGCGGGCACGGACGGGGCCUUCCAUCGCCGCCGGCGGCUGACACGGCAGCUCCCGCUCUACGACCAGGACCCGGCCCAGUGCCGCGGCCUCGCCGAGGGCGAGCAGAAGCUGAUGGAGGAGUUCGUGAGGAAGUACAAGGCCGAGGCACUGGGAGUCGGGGAGGUGGCACUGCCAGGCCAGGGCGGCGGCGGCAAGGAGGAGGAGAAGCUCCAGGACAAGAGCACCGACCCCAGCAGAGCCCCCGAGUCGCCCAACGGGGCCCUGGAGAGCGCGCCCCGCGGCCGGGCACUACCAAAGGCCUUGCUGAGCCACCAAGUGCUGUCUGGAGUGGCUGCUGAACAGAUGCUUAUCAUAAAAUAUGGUCAGUGGAAAUACCUCGUCCUGGUCCUUCGCUGCGAGACCUGCAAGCAGCCGGUGCCCGGGGACUGCCCCGUGGUCUACGCCGACCGCGCCGGCUACUCCCGGCAGUGGCACCCAGCCUGCUUCGUGUGCUGCCGCUGUGCCGAGCCCCUCGUCGACCUCAUCUACUUCUGGAAGAGCGGGGCUGCCUGGUGCGGGCGCCACUACUGCGAGAGCCUCCGGCCCCGCUGCGCCGGCUGCGACGAGAUCAUCUUCUCGGAGGACUACGAGCGGGUGGAAGGGCUGACCUGGCACAAGAAGCACUUUGCCUGCCUGGAGUGUGAGACGCUGCUGACGGGCAAACCGUUCUCCCUGGCCAAUGCCAGCCUCCUGUGUACCACCUGCAGCCAGAGCAGGGUCUGAGCAGGGGCAGCUGGGGCCCCGUGGGCUCCCCGAGGUCCCACCAGGACUGGGGGCAUUUGGAAAUACAGCAGAAGGAGAAGGUUAAAAAAUGUAAGAGUCUGACUAUUCAGUUUCAAGCAACUCCAUGUUCCCUUGCAUCCAGCACAGCCUGAGGAGAGUAUUUCCUUGGGGUUCUCUUGGAUCUGACAGGGAGCCCUCAUGCCCAUGGGUGGGAGGUGUGCGGUGUACCUGGCCAGGAGGAACUGGAACGGAGGGUCUGUGCUGUGUCUGUGCUGGUUUUAUCAAGUGUGUCCAACCUUCUUAUGACUAAGAUCUUGCAAUAGCCUUUUGGAAAUAAUACAUCUCAACAAUAACCUCUGGCAUACUAAACCUACGGCUGUGGUGAAAAACAA